AUGGGACCUAUAAAGAAAUUACAAGCAUUCGUUUGUGCUCAGACCUUCUGGCCAUAAUUUAUGGUGAGAUGGUUUUAAGCGGAGAAAGGGCCAUUUACAAUAUUUUUCUAUUGUCCUUUGGCCAAAUGUGGGAUAUCGGUGGCUAACAUAUAUGAUAUCAUUAAGAAGCCUGUAGAUACAAUAAAUCCAGUUCAAUAGUCUGUAAUCGCAAUGUCAGGAACUCUCUUUGCAAGAUGGUGCUGGAUUCUCAAGCCUCGAUAGUUUAUGCUUGUAUUUGCGAACUCAGUAAUGGCUUCAACAGGAAUCAUUCAGCUGUGGAGAAAAUUGUAAGUAUUUUGA